AUGGAUUUUGAUGAUCCUUCCAGUUCUGAAGGGGGUAAUGUUGGGUCUCUCUCGCCAGUGCUGACUGCCAACGGAAUGCCGCCGCCAGCGACUGCUGCUGACGCAGAGAUGAUGCCUUCGCGGACGCCAUUGGGGCCUGUCGUGUUACCUCUUCCCAGGUCGAGGAACUACCGCAGUGGCCAUGACGUUCAGUCCUUUGUAUUUGAUGACGACAACGAUGAUAUUGACAACGACGACGGUGAUGGGAAUGAAGUGUUGGGAUGUGGCCCGCAACCUGCCACGCAUACUGCUUGUGAGGAGCCGAUGCAUCACCAGCUUUUUGAUGUAGGUGAGGACUUGCGUCCCGCGGCACGUCAUGGGUGCGAUGCAGCGGGGAACAUGGGUCGCCUUGGCCACCUCACGGAGGAGACAUAUGUUCACGAAUCGUCAGAGAAGGAGGAAGCCUCAGAGGAAGAGGAAAAAGAAGUAGUCGAGGAGAAGGAAUCGGCGAAAGACAUUGUGACGAGUGACACUGGAGAGCUUGGAUUCAUUGAAGAUGACAGGGAGUGGGACAGUGUGCUUGCACCGAUGACAUUGGUUGACAAGACGCUUUUGAGCUGUUUUUACGCCGGCGCAUGCACCGAUCACGAGGAUAGCGAAGUGGAGUUGGAGAAGCCUGUCAGUAUUACCGAAACGAUGGUGAAGGUUAUCUCACUCUUCUACUCAGAAACAGCUAGACCGUUUCGCGAUGAGGCGGUGGAGCUGCCUCAAAUGGCUCUCGAUACACUGCGUCGUCUGGCAUCGCACAUGCAAAACAUGCAGCGCAUUCUCACAGAGGCCGGCUUGACGAUUGAUAGCCAGCUUGAAUUACAAUUUCAAGCGAACAGCGAAGAGGAAUUUGAAAAUGACACAGCGGCGAGUCAAAGUGGAGUGGAUCUUCGAAAAGUGGUUUGUCGUGGAGUGCAUUCAGUACAUGUGGACUCCGCAUGCCGUUUGAUAGGGGUAAUUGAUAUUGAUGUAUGCGCUGUGAGUCUCUCGGAUGCGAUUGCCUUCAGCAGUCUCCCUUUCUCACAAUCAGAGCUAGUGGCAAUUAUAAAGUCCAUCGUUCAGAAGGUCGGUGUCUUACAUAAUGCUGGACUUGUCCAUGGAUGCCUUCACAGUGGCAAUAUUCUCUGCUGCAGCGAUGACGGGCGAACAGUGUUGACAGGGGCAUGUGGUAUUAUGAGUAAUCCGUUGCUUCCAGCCGAUGCUUCAUUUAUUUCCCCACGUCUCGCAAGCGCCCUCCAACCAUUCGUACAACUUGUUUGGAAACAUGGUGGAGAGGUGCAUGAAAAUAAUACACUUCCAUGGGCGUCGGAUCCGCUCUUUCAUUGCGCUGUACUUGAGCGCUAUGGGUGUACAAGGAAUACCGAGAUGCGCGCGCAAGUGUCAGAUGACAUUUAUGCGAUUGGCAUUUUGGCGGUCUCUUGUUUGCUUGGCGUCCCACCGUUUCAUUCCGCCACGUUGAAGGAAGUUGUUGAAACGCUGGCGCCGCACUACCAUGAUGGUCAUGAUGACAGUGCAGCCACUUUGCUUGGCAACGUGCUCGCAAGCGACUACGCCGUGCAGCGCUUUCAACUUGCAGGUUACACGGAUGAAUUUAUUUCGACCGCCAAAGAUUUUGUAAACACGUGUCUGCGCGCCGCCUCGAGCCCCGCCACAGCAUCAUCACAGAUUGUGGCAACUGAUUUACUGACACAUUCUUUUUUUGCUGGGUUCUCCACCUCCUUAAACCCCACAAGGAACAGUGAGGAGGUCUCCAUGUGUGAUGAAGAAAUGGACGAAGCGGCGCGGAUGGACCGGACGAUGCACUGUCUGAUGUACCCCAUUUUUAUGGUCAUUGAGUGUGCCAAGAAGAACUGCGGCACCACGCCGUUAUUGUCGCGUUUGCUACGGAACUCCAUUUUUGCUUCUCGCUGGGAUGCCCUUCGGCGUUUUCAAUUACAUUUGCGUGAGGAUGAAGCGGUGUGUGGCAAUGACCCUACCCAUGUUCUCUGGCCUUACUUGGGCUCCCAGAAGUUUUCGCGCUGGGACGAGAGCAAUCUGCAGAAAAGCUUUAAGGAGCUCAAGGACAACCAAAACGAAGAAACUGCGGUAAGGUCUUUCUUGUACCAAUCGUUGGUUGAUCCUUGUGUACAGGUUUCUCAAAAAACAGCAGUUUGUAAUGUGGCGAUGUUGGCGAGCGUUGUAAAGUCCAAAGGUCUGCAUGUAGAUACAGAGGCGCAUGCGCUAGUCUUCAGUAAAAAAACUGACGAUCAUCUCGUGCUUUAUAGAGAUGAGGUACCUACGGGGUAUGGAUCGUCUGUGGACACGCUUAUUCUUUACGAUUUAGAGAACUGCGUUGUGGAGAUUUUGCUGAAUUUUCGUUUUGUGGUACUUUUUAAUCUGCGACGUUGCAAGCUUUUUCUUGGACCAUGCUACUACCUCUACUGUGGAAAGGUCUCAGACUGUACCCCUGUCUUCGUGGCAAGCUCACAUCUGUUAAUGCAGGACGUCACCGGUGUUGAGUUUUACUCUGGCGGAUGUUCACUUCCGCAUAGCUCCAGUAAUUUGCUGACAAGAAAUAAUGUUACCGUAUUACCGUACACAAUGGCGUAUGCUGGGCUGACUGCCGAUUUUGCGGCAGUUUCGCUCCCCCAAAAACACGUCUCUACCAUGAUACUUGGGGCGGAUGUUAUUGACUCAGCACCGUUUGCUUCACGGACAUUCAAAUUAUGUAACAUUCUACGAGGCGGGUUUGACUACCCCUACUCUCAUGCAUUGGUAGCCUUUGGUACUCUCAUUCUUCACGAAAAUGAUUGUCUUAGUGACAUGUUUUUGUUUUUCUCAGAGGCUGCAGGCAAGGCUGUCCGAAUUGCACAUGUUCACGGUGGUCAUGACACCACUUCUGUCACGGUGUCAUCACACCUCUCGUCACAGCACUCCGGACAUGCGGAAAACGUGGGAAUUGAGGCGAGUGAUAUCGCCGCAGAGAGAAAUGGUUCCAACUGUCCUAUCAUAUUUAUCAUGGAUGCUGUCGGGGAUUGCAUCAUAGAAGACUGUUCGCACUGUACGGUGUUUAUUGUGGGUUCCUCAGGGAGUGUCUCCGUAAGGCACUGCUCGGAGUUGUGUCUCUUCCUUAUGGCGAAGGAAGUCUUGUUUGAAUACUGUGAUCACGUGGAGGCAUACUUGUUUGUGACGGAGUCUCUCCUUAUGGAUCAUUGUUAUCAGAUGGAUCUAUUUCCGCUGGUAUUGGAGGCGCCGCGUCAGGAGGAAAUUAUUGUCUCCAUCAUUGAUAGAUGCAGCGACGAGGCUCUCCAGCAGCAUCUUGAACAGGCGCUGCAUCAGAAGGAUGAAUGUGCGUUGAAUGUGCUUCGACGUUUUGAGGGCGGCACCGACACGAUUGACAUGGAGGAGUGCGUAGAUGUGCGCAUAGACAGUUACUGCGAGCAGGUGAUACUGGUGGACUUUGCGCCCACCGGUGUGCCGCCCUCAAGGUUUUUUGACGCGGCCUCUCAUGGUUCACGCCGUGAGAAGCAUUGGGUUGUGGUGCCAUUUUUGCAGAAGGCGUGGAAGGGAGAUGAAUUCCCUACACGUGGUCGCGAACUACCGCCUAUGCGUCUACACGACCUUGUCAAUGCGUCUAUUCUUCGUCUUCCUGGAUCCCUGAACCUUCGCGCAGCUCGUGACAAGGCCUGCCCGUUGGUGGAUGUCGUUCUGGAGUGUCUCUCGUAUGGGGUGGUGCACCUUGUCGAGGCGGUAAAGACGCUCUUUAUUCGUAGGUGCAAGGGCCCUUUAGACAUCGUUGUGUGCGCAGCGAAUCGUGUAGUUAUGGAAUCAUGUGAGCACGUCACUCUUCAAACUGCCUGCGGCGCCUUCAUUGCCAGGAACUGUCACGUUUGUCACACCGCACUACAUGUAAACACCCCACCACAGUAUGAAAACUGUACAUUUAUGCUGGCAUCAACGCUAAACAUCACCUCGAAGGACUUUGAGAGUUACCUGAUGCGUGCCGGUGUGGAGGUGGAUUUGAACCUUUUUGAUAGUCCCGCGGCGCGCUCCUCGAAUCCCGAAUGGGACGCGCUUACUUUUGAACAGCUGUCGUCGAGUUCUGUCAAUUCGGUGGAGAGGGCACGUUCUAUACUUCACAGUCCUGUUACCCUCGUUCAGCCGCUGCCAGCCACGUGCCUUGGAGUCGAGGAUGCAUCGUUUCUUGAUGUCUUGGAGGACCGUGUGAACCACGAAUCAGCGACAAGGCCGGACUAUGACAGGAACAUCGUUGCAGCCUUGUCUUUUCUUUCAAGACGGCAAUUGGCACAGGCUUCAGCGGCGAGUGAGUCGUUGAAAAGUGUGACGCGAGAGGCGAUGCGUUUUGCCCGCUCACCCUCCCCGCAACCCACAAUGCCGUCGACAGAGCAAGUGCAGGAGCAUCACUUUGAUCCUUUUGUUGGGUGCAGUGUGGAGGAGGUAAUGCAGGAGCCUUCUGAGGCUGUGGAGGAGUCUUCACCGCUAUCCGUUCCAACGCCGACGAGUGAGCUGCACCAGUCCCCCGCAUCCAACCCGGACCUUAUCAAGACUAAUACUGGUUAUCAAGACAACGACUUUCGAAGUGGUGGGAGCUGCAGUGGGAGCAAAGGUGGUGAGGCGCACAAUGACGCGGACGCCCACAGCGGUGAUGACACGGCUGAGGUUGUGGCUAAUGUCGUUGCUGCUUCUCAUGAUGACCACGCUGCCGACGAUGAGGAUAAUUCCACCACGGUUCGAAAAUGGAGUCAGCCGCGUGCAAAUAAAAUGAGUGCUGAUCGUCAAUGCUCUACUGAAGCAAAGAGAGUGAGUUGCGAACCCUCUUCGCCUUCAGGCACCUUUGUAGAUGGUCAAGUGAGUGAUGACAAGGAAGAGAACGCUGUGGAUCUCGUUCCGUACCGCUCUUUACCUGAGGAGGCAUCCCUUGUCGACGAUCGCAUGAGUGCGACCGAUGCUGUGGCCUUGACGCUUCGUCACAAGGGCGACGAGAGCGCGGGUGAGGGGUCCCCUUUGGCAGUUCCCCCCGCACACAGAAGAAAGGGUAGUGGGGAUGCACUGUUAACGCACUCACCCCCGUGCCAGACAUUGUCGGUAGAGGACAAAAACGAUGAGGACAGGAAAGGCGGAAGCGACAAGAAUGAGGAGUCCACGAGCACACCGCAGCAGGGCGUAUUGGGGGGUACUCCUUCAUUGCAGGAUUUUAUUCUUCAGGUUCACCCCAAUGAAGAAGAGGCGGUACGCUCCGCCCUCGCCAUGGUGGCUUCCAGUAGGGAAGCCUCUGCGUCUGCACGACGGGUAAUUGGCUCCUCGACGAAGGAACUUCAACGACGGGUGGCUGAGGCCUUAAAGCGACUUCAGAAGCCCUUGUCGUGA